AUGGGUGGAACGAUUGGCAACAUAUCUAUCCGAGGUAUCCAGGUAGAGCACUUCCCAGUGACGGCACACGCCUUGGUCAAAUGCUGUGUGCCGAACGGGCACAGUCCUUUCGAAGAUGAGUAUCUCACCAAGGAAGCAAUCUUCGACAAGUCAAAAGUAGAUAGUCUCUUCAAGAUAGUCGCGACGCUUCAAAUUCUGUGGUUGGUCGUCUCUGUCAUCACGCGAAAGAUGUACGAUCUGCCAAUCAGUUUGCUAGAGGUCUGCACCGUUGCUUUUGCUACUAUUGCCAUAGCUACCUACGCUGCAAACUGGGCGAAACCCAAAGAUGUUGAGGUUCCGAUCGAAUUACCGAGAAGCGUCACGCCGAAAAAGGGCAACUCUGUGCUAUUCAAAGUGCUGGGCAAGAAAGCCAACGAAGCCGUAUCGACUACUGAGUUUAUCAUGAAGUCUCUUGUUGACAGGCCUCACAAAAUCACACCCGAGCCGGAACAGUGUAGAGACUCGAGAUACGUCAGGCUCUCCUGGAUAGCUAACACCCUCUGUAUUGCUGAGCCUCCCGAACCCGGACCAAGCUUCUACCUCCUCCCCUGCAUAGAGGCCCUACUUGAACUCCAAACCGGCGUGAGCAAAGGUCGAGCGUCGAUAUCAUGGUGCAGAAACAACCACUACUGCUGGAAACAACUGUGCAACACAAAAUACCUCUACAAGCUCGACGAAGCCCCACGAGAUAGUUCAAAUUUCGUCCGCUUGAUCAAUUUCAACGGAACAUCUCUCCAGAGACCAGCUAUAUCAGACACAACCAUGUCGCUCAUACUGGAAACCAUCAACAACUUGAACGGAACGACAGAGAGACUUGAGAAUGACUGGGAGUUGAUAGAGAAAUGGGUGGAGAGACUGUCCUCGAUUUUCACGUUGUUUUCUGGUUCGAUCUAUGUUGUAGCUCGCCUCAUUUUGCUCGUUCUAGCCUUUGCGGCUUUCAGGAAGCAGGAUCAAAGGUUGUACAUUGAUACUUGGGCACGCUUCUUGCCAAAUGUUAGGUAG